AAGCAUGGUAUUUAUAACAUAAUACUGUGAUUUAAAGGAUACCGUUUUCAGGGGGUGCACUCCGCAUUCCAGAGCUGUUUCCCACACCCCACACUGCUCUGAAUCAACCCCAUUGCCAGCUUGUAAUGGCAGUUCCAAGAGUAGCAAUGUCAAGAUUUUCACACUAAAGCUGCUAAAGCAGAACUGAGUUGAUUAAACAUAGUUUGGCCUUGACAGUCUCUCGUCCCCACAGGUGCGGGUUUACUGGCUGCACAUUUGUGUGCUGGAAGCUGAGCCGGGUAACCCGACACCAGACUGGAUCAGUCACACACUCAGCUCACGCCACCCAGCAGACACACCCUCUCCGCUUCGAAGCCAAAAACCGUGCCCGACUCACCUCGUUCCAACGAGAACACAGUGAGGGCAAACCAGAACUCGGGCACACGCAAAGGUAGACUGCGCUUUCCUGCAACUUUCAUGAGACAGACUUUUCUGCAGUUACAUUGUAUACUUACAUUUAAACUAUAGCUAGAAUUGAACUGGCAGCGUUCAGCUUUACCCUAACGAAAGCAGAGCGUCAAAAUCUAGCAUAUCUUGAAAGUCAAAGUCCCGUUUUGCAACAACAACAAAAAGAGAGAGUGCGCAUAUGAUACUAGGACAGCAGAAAAUGUCAAUGUUGAACUCUGAUGGUGACCCAUGCUUCAUGUAAACCAGAAGGGCACAUGUCCAGUUUAAACAAGCGAGGUAUGUUCUACUUCUUGUGAGAAGUUCACAUCAUGUUGAAGUUACACAGUGUAUACAGUUCUGUUAGGGACUGGUCUCGUUUAGAGAAGUCGUUUUUGAGCUUCAUCUUUUAGGUUUUCUUCUGUUUGAGAGGUGCAAGUUGUAUGCGAGGAUUUAGGAUACAUGUACUGAAUUCCCUGUAUUACAAAAAAAAAAAAAAAAAAAAAAAAGAAACACAUGCAGUCGUGCGCCACCUUGUGUCUUGUUUGUUUUAAAGAUCUGCAGUAGGAACAGUUUCCCUCAAAACGAGCCUCGGUUUUAAAAUCGUUUCUGAUGGAGUUCUACACAGCCCUCCUCGCAGCCGGGCUCGCUGGCCUGGUACUGCUCACGAUCGUGGCUCUGGUUCGGUUCCACGGAGGCGCCUACCUGAUGUGGCACAUUUACCUUCAGGGCUACAUGAAGAGCCUCUCCAGCGGCAGAAGCAAGGAGCAGAGGAUCCUGGAUUUUGUGCUGAAACAUGCCCUGCCAGGGGACCCCACCAGUGUGCUGAAUGCCAUUGACAAGUACUGCAGUCAGCAGGAGUGGGCCAUGAACGUGGGCGAUGAGAAAGGUGGGUGGGGUGGUGUGGUGUGGUGUGGUCAGACAACCUGUUGCUGGACUUACACUCCCAAAGACAGUAAAGUGAUUGGUAACACCUGCUGUGUUCAACUCAGAAACGUCCGCGGCAGCCUCAAGUAUGACUGCACCUUCUAUCCCUCUCGCCUGGAGUACCUGGACAUCGAGGACGGGGUAGAGAAGGCUGUGUACAAGGGCUAGACCGUCAGGGCCACCGGGCUCACUUCACAUUAAUGAUCCAGCACUGAACAUUUUCACUGUUGCCAGACACGAAUGACACUUCUUUACAUUAACAAUUUAAUGAAGCAUUACUAAAGCUGAAAUGCCAGGUUAUAAACAAAGGCUUUUUUUUCUAUAGAUGGGUUUUAGGUUUUAACAGUGCAUUGAUUGAACCUGUAUUAUCUCUAACUAUGUAAUAUUGUUCAUAGGCUUAUCAGAUGCAUCACUGGUUUAUAACAGAUCCUUAAACUAAAGUGGUGCCGGUCGCCCUGAAGGUCAGGCGGGUUUGGACUGUAGAGGAAUCCCUUUUUUAAAAGAUUAAGACCUGAUGUCUCGUGUAGCAAAAGCAUUUAACAGAGUUAUUUUUAAAGAUUUGAUCGUCAUGAUUUUCAAAUAUGUUAUAGUCCUAAACACGUUUCAGAUCCUGGUCGCAAGUAGAUUUUACAUGCAAGUAAAGAGUGAAAUAAACAGCAAGAUGUGUAUUUUGUUCAGUAAACUAACGAUGUGCCAGCACUGCAGUGCUGUGUUGACCUUUCCCAUUGAUACCGGGGAAUGCAAAGUUGGUUUACCAUUUUGCAUGGCAGUUGUUGGAAACCAUCGCUGCAGAUCAAUGCACCUUAGCUGGUGGACACAACAAAGAAUGGGAAGGAAAAUUCAAGGUCGUAGCAGCCCCUGGAGUGGAUGCAGAGUACAUGAAUGUGAUGGAGCUGCUGCGUGUGUCUGAUCAGGAAUUCAGAGCACGACACUCAGGUGACUAGGUCAGUUGGUCUGUAAAAUGUCUAGGAGGACUGUUGCCUACCUACUUGAAAAAAAAAACACAACUAUUCAGUAAGUUAAAUCAAUGAACUUAUAUAGGAGUUAACCCUUUCAUGAAAUAUGGAAUCUUCAUAUCCGGCUGUCAUGCAUUUGAGUAUUCCAUACGUCC